AUGGACAAUCUUCCUAAACGUGUAAAACUAGAUGAAGAUGAUAUUGAUCGUUCUCCCCGAACACGUUUAAUUGAACGUUGGAAAGAACAAGAUUUAUAUAUUGACUAUUUAGAACAACGUUUAAUUAAAUUAGAAAAUUUGGAUGAUAAACACCGUGAAUUACAAACAAAAUUAGAUGAAAAAACAAAUGAAUGUAAAAAAAUGAAAGCUAUGUUAAAUUAUCGAUUCUUAACAAAAACAACGCAACAACAAUCAUUGGAUCAAUUACGAGAUGUUCAAGUGCCAACAUUUGCAAAACUUCGUCAAACAUAUCUUGAUCCAGCAAUUAAUUUGAUAUUUCAACAAAUGCGUGAUGAACUUGAUUCAUGUCGUAAAACACGAGAAGAAGCCCAAAAUGAAUUACAAGCAUGGCAAUUUACACCGGACAGUAAAACUGGUAAAAUGUUAAUGGCACGAUGUAAAAAAUUACUCGAAGAAAAUGAACAGUUAGGAAAAAUGGUAUCAUCCGAUAAUAUUGCAAAAUUAGAAGGUGAAAUAUCAUUACAAAAUCGUUUAUUAGGUGAUAUGAAAGAUUCACAAAAAGGUUUGUAUAUGACUCUAUUUUCAAAAAUUGUCACUAUUGGUAAUACUAUUUUAGAUUAUGAAGAGAUAAUGCAAGAUAUGGAUCAAAAUAUGGAUACUAUGGCUGGAACAUUAUUAAAUGUAAGACGUCUAUUAGCUGAAUCACAUCGACAAAUAAUUUAUUUAAAUGAAGAAAAUAGUCGUCUAAAAACAUUAUGUGAAAAAUGUAAUAUACAAUAUUUAUCAUUAUCUCAAGAUAAAUCAACAUCAAAUGAACAUUUAACUCUUAGUACAACUAACGUUAAUACGUCAUCUACGACAAUGAUGUCAUCACCGACAAUUAAUGAUCUAGAUUUUCAAAUAAUAACAACAACAUCAAAUGGUAUAAUAAAACCACCGACAGUUCAUAACAGUAUUACCAAUAAUAAUAAUAAUAAUAAUAAUAAUAAUAAUAAUAAUACUAAACAAACUGAUUCGUCAUCGACUAAUUCUAAAUUAAAACGUCAUUUACCUAAUGUAAGGACUAAUACAAAACUAGCACCAGCAAAUAAAUUUAUUUUCCAUAAUCAAGAACAAAAACUAACAAAUAAUCUUUACGAUAAUGAUGAUUUAUCGGCGAAUGUAGCAGCUACGAUUGCUGGUGAUUUGGAUCAAACAACUACAAUAACAACGACUAUUAACGAUCAAAUGGAGACGAGUAAUAACAACGAUACAACAUCAACAGUGACAGAAAUGGAUUCUAUUACAAUCCCAACGAUAAACAGUCAAAAUUCAUUAAAUCGUAUAAUUAGGACUGACCCUAUAAAAUCACAGAUUCUUAUGAUUACAGAAAAUGGUAUAAUAAAUCCUUAA